AUGUUAAAUUUUAAUAUAAUAGACUCAUAUGGCAAUUAUUUUUCAGUUUUGCAAUAUGCAAAUAAAGGAAAUUUGAGGGAUUAUUUGAAAACCAAACAGUAUACAUUACGAUGGGGCGACAAAUUACAAAUUGCACUUGAUAUUACUCGUGGGUUAAUGUAUUUACAUUCCGAAAAAAUAGUUCAUGGAAAUUUGCAUGCGUUCAACGUCUUAGUUAAUAAUGGUACAGUGAUGAUAGCGGACUUAAAAAUACUCAAACAAGCGGCAGAAGUUGCAUCUGAAAAAAUAGUUUAUGUUGAACCACAGUAUCUUCGUAAUCCAAGUUAUGAGCGAGAUAUGAAAUCUGAUAUUUAUAGCUUGGGUGUUCUUUUAUGGGAGUUAUCAAGCGGACGUCCUCCAUUUUUUGACUAUACGCAAAAGGAAUUUGAUUUAGAUCAUAUAAAAAAUAAACUUUUAAAUGGAGAGAGAGAGGAACCAGUUGCAAAUACACCUUCAGAAUAUCUACAACUUUAUCAACAGUGUUGGAAAGUUGGUCCAAGUAUGAGGCCU